CUUACUCAAUAUGGAGACAUAUCAUUGCUUUCUUUCCCCCUUACUUAUAUUCCCCUGAAUUAACGCGCAACAUGUGACUAUAUCUUUGUCUGUGUGUAUUUGAAAUGGCAGGAGAAAAUGGAGUGUCCAUAAGUAGUCAGUUGGUUAUUAUUUUGGACACUAAUCCAGUAUGGUGGGGCAAAAGUGGAUCUCUUGGAGAUGGACAAGGUAUAAGUCUCACUAAGUGUUUGGAAAGUGUGAUGGUAUUUGCCAACUCACAUUUGAUGAUGAGCAGCUUGAAUGAUUUAUCAGUUAUUGCAGCACAUACAAAUAAAAGUGUUGUGUUGUACCCUAACAGAACACAUACAUCAACAGAGUCAUCAUCAAACGAUGGAAGAUAUGAAUUAUUCUGUCGUAUGAAUGACCAAAUAAAAGACGAAGUGAAAACAAUUGUAUUACAAAAUUUGGAAGGAGCCUUUCAUUCAGACUCAUUAAUAGCAGGUGCUAUGGCUAUAGGUCUUUGCUAUUUGAACAGAAUUGAAAGAGAAAAUGAACUGAGAGAAGGGACUUUAUCAUCAAGGAUAUUGGUCAUAAAAGGAUCAGAAGAUAAUCCUGAACAGUAUAUGAAUUUUAUGAAUGCUGUAUUUACAGCACAGAAACAAAAUGUAGUUAUCGAUGCCUGUAUUUUAGACAAUGACUCAGGACUAUUACAACAGGCUUGUGAUAUUACUGGUGGUAUAUAUCUCAAAAUUCCACAAGUUACAGGAUUACUGCAAUAUUUACUGUGGGUAUUUUUACCAGACCCUCUAGAAAGGCCUAAACUGACAUUACCACCUAAAGUGCAAGUGGACUACAGAGCGGCUUGUUUCUGUCAUAGGAAUCUCAUUGAUAUAGGCUAUGUCUGCUCUGUCUGCCUAUCAAUAUUCUGUACCUUUAGUCCAAUCUGUCCUACAUGCCAGAAGUAUCAAUAUUCUGUACCUUUAGUCCAAUCUGUCCUACAUGCCAAACAUCAUUUAAAUUCCUUGGACCACCAAAGAUGUUAAAGAAAAGAAGUAAGAAACUACAAACCUAAGAAAUCAGGAUUAGGGAAUUUAAAGCAGGACAUAACCUCUUAUGAAAACCAGAUCUGUAGUGAAUCAAUGAAUGGUACUGAUAUGUUCUUGCCAAAUAAAAUUAGAAUUACUCUU